CGAAAAUAUGGUGGGAACCUCAACGCCCCAGCCGCCGCUACGAAUCGGUACCCGACGAUCCAAUCUGGCCAUGGUCCAGGCGGAGGGCAUCCGGGAGAGCCUGCAAAAGAUAGCCCCGGAGCGAUCCUAUGAGAUCGAAGCCCUCCGCACGCUGGGCGACCGAGACCAGCUAACGGCGCUGUAUAACUUUGGCGCCAAGAGUCUCUGGACGACCGAGCUGGAAGAAAAGCUCACUUCCGGUGAAUUGGAUGUAAUUGUGCAUUGUCUGAAAGAUAUGCCGACCCGGCUCCCCGACACCUGUGAGCUGGCAGCGAUCCCACCCCGUGAUGAUCCGCGGGACGCCCUGAUCGUCAAGGCCGGGCUGCCCUACACGAGCUUGAGCAGCCUCCCCGAGGGCGCGGUAGUCGGGACUUCCUCCGUGCGGCGCUCAGCCCAGCUCCGCCAUCUCUAUCCGCAUCUCCGCUUCGCCAAUCUCCGCGGCAAUGUCGAGACGCGUCUCGCCAAGGUGGACGACCCGGACAGCGAGUACACGUGCAUGGUCAUGUCCGCUGCGGGCCUUGAGCGGGUAGGCCUCAAGCACCGCAUCAACCAGUACCUGGGCUCCAAGGACGGGGGCAUCCUGCAUGCUGUUGGCCAGGGCGCGCUGGGCUUGGAGAUUCGCAAGGGAGACGUUAAAAUGCAGGAAUUGCUGGGCCGGCUGGCGGACCAGAAAUCUACCCUUGCGUGCCUUGCUGAGAGGUCUCUUAUGAGGACCCUCGAGGGUGGUUGUAGUGUUCCUAUUGGGGUUGAGACGGAGAUGAAUGCUAUCGUUGUCAGUCUGGACGGUACCCGGAGCGUCGAGGACAGCAUCACUUCAAAAGUCGAGACUGUCGACGAAGCAAACGCGCUCGGAGAGGAACUUGCGGCGAGACUGGUCAAGGCUGGUGCAGGGGAGAUUCUAAACGAUAUCAAUGCGAACCGGCCUCCCAAGGACUGAGGUGGGCUACGUAUUAAUCAUCUUCACUGAUCCUAUCCGUACCCUGGGGAAACGGGUGUGCUGUCUUUCUGACGGAUCUAUAAUAAGUCAGGGUACUGGGCGCGGAGGAUGUAAACUAAGCUGCUGCUAUCUGCAAUCUUGUACAUCUAACUAGGGCAACAAUGCUUACAACUUGAAUAGGAGAACUACGGAGUAAAGGGAAU